UUUUGAUAAAUUAGAAUGAAGAUAGCAGUGGCGAUUAGGUGGGUCGAUAAAGAUAAGAUAAAAUUAGGAUGGAUUAGCCAACGAUAUUUUUUGUCGGCGACGUGGCCGGUUCUGAAUUGCAGAAACGUCAGCUUCUUCAUCGUCUCUCCUCUGCCAAAGCAAAGAGAGUUCGCUUCGAUUCACCAGUUUUCGAUUGUGAAUUCGCAGUUCCUUUUUCUGCCUUCCAUGGCAUUAAGUACAGUUUUGCCAAACUUUCUGCAGCACCAGUCUCUUACUCUCAAUUCGAUUUGUAAAUCUCGCGGCAGAAAACAGUCGAAUUUGGCGCGAAAUGCUAGCGGCAUUGGGGUCUCUUCCCCUCCUGCAACUCAAACUACAUCGAUUCCAGGCAAGCCAGAGGCAGAUGUUGUUGUAAUUGGGAGCGGUAUUGGUGGACUAUGUUGUGCAGGACUGCUAUCUAGAUAUCAGCAAGAUGUUUUAGUUUUAGAAAGCCAUGAUUUGCCUGGGGGCGCUGCUCACUCAUUUGAGAUCAAGGGCUACAAAUUUGACUCUGGUCCAUCUUUGUUCUCUGGUUUCCAAUCAAGAGGUCCUCAGGCUAAUCCUCUUGCACAAGUUCUGGAUGCUUUGGGUGAGUCAAUUCCUUGUGCCAAUUAUGACUCUUGGAUGGUUUACAUACCUGAAGGUGAAUUCUUAUCACGCAUAGGCCCAACAGAAUUUUUUAAGGACCUUGAGAAGUAUGCCAGUCUUGAUGCUGUCAGAGAAUGGAAGAAACUUCUUGAUACAAUACUUCCAUUGUCUGCAGCUGCUAUGGCUCUGCCUCCUUUAUCUAUUCGCAGUGAUCUGGGUGUUCUUUCCACUGUUGCUGCUAGAUAUGUCCCCUCUCUUGUGAAAUCAUUUGCCCAAAUGGGACCUCAGGGAGCUCUUGGUGCUACAAAACUUCUCAGACCCUUCUCAGAAAUCAUUGACUCGCUGGAACUGAAAGAUCCUUUUAUACGUAACUGGAUAGAUCUUCUGUCAUUCUUACUUGCAGGAGUGAAAUCUAAUGGUAUACUCUCGGCAGAGAUGAUAUACAUGUUUGCGGAAUGGUACAAACCAGGUUGCACUCUCGAGUAUCCUCUUCUUGGUAGUGGGGCAAUAGUUGAUGCUCUUGUGCGUGGAAUACAGAAAUUUGGUGGACGGAUCUCUCUGAGGAGCCAUGUGGAAAAUAUUGUUGUUCAAAAUGGUCGAGCAGUAGGGGUAAAGCUAAGAAGUGGUCAAUUCAUACGUGCUCAGAAGGCCGUCGUUAGUAAUGCAUCCAUGUGGGACACAUUGAAUCUGUUACCAAAGGAAGUCAUCCCAAAGUCCUACCAGGACAGGAUCAAGAUGACUCCUCAAUGUGAAUCAUUUAUGCAUCUUCAUUUGGGUUUUGAAGCAAAGGGCAUACGUGAGGAUUUGGGAAUUCAUCAUAUAGUUGUAAAUGAUUGGGAUCGAGGUGUUGAUGCUGAUCAAAAUGUUGUUUUGAUAUCUGUACCUAGUGCACUUAGUCCAGAUCUUGCACCCCCUGGGAAACAUAUUUUACAUGCAUAUACACCAGGAACUGAACCGUUUGAACUUUGGGAAGGACUUGAUCGUAGAAGCGCAGAAUACAAGGAACUCAAAACUAAAAGAUCUGAGGUAAUGUGGAGGGCUGUUGAGCGUGCACUUGGUUCAGGUUUUGAUCGUGAGAAGUGUGAGGUAAAGUUGGUCGGAACUCCAUUGACACACCAAAGGUUCCUUCGGAGGAAUAGAGGAACUUAUGGGCCAGCUAUAGAAGCUGGAAAAGGCAAUUUUCCUGGACAUCCAACUCCCAUCCCCCAACUUUACUGCUGUGGUGAUUCUACAUUUCCUGGCAUCGGGGUCCCAGCAGUUGCUGCUAGUGGUGCCAUUGUUGCUAACUCAUUGGUUUCUGUGUCGCAACACUCACAGCUCCUUGAUGCUGUUGGAAUAUGAUAAAAACGGGUGAGGAUGAACUUUAAAUCAGGGAUGUUGAGAUGUGGAUCCAAGGAACCCUAUUGGACUCUGGGGCCGACCAGGCCAAACAACUUCAGCUUCCUCCCUGUUCCAAUUUGCAUCAGAAAACUCAAUCACGAGGAGAAAUUGAUGUCAAAAUAAGGUUCUUGGAGAAGAUCAAGGUUACCGUAUUACUUUUUAAGCAAUCAGCACUUACAUAUUUUAGGGUUUUAUUGUAGCAUGGAAUAAAUAGACAUUUGAGGUGCAGAAUAGAUGGUAGAUGGAUAAACAUGUUGGAGCAAUAUGUGUGUGUGUCUUUCUACUGAGCAAUCAGAUGGAACCCACAUCAUGUUUGAAACCUGCAUGCUGAUUGCUUUUGGGAAUUUAAGGGUUGAUUAUGAAGUUCACCUAGCUUUUCCAUCCAUGUCCUUUUUGGAGGACCACAAUUUUUAGCAUUGACGCUGACAUACAAAGUCUAGCACACUAUAAAGCUGAGAAUUAUGAGGCAUGAGAUGUGGUGGAGGGCCACCCACAUAUUGCACUAUGCCCGCAAGGUCUGUGGCUUGCUCUAAAGUCCAGUCUUCACACAUUAUGCUGCAAACAAAGUACUAUAGACCUAACAUUUGAUGUGGUCCACCAAAUACCCUUGUUGAGCUUUCAAUCUUUUGUUGGAUUUAGAUGCCUUCUUGUUAACUUUUAGAAAAUGGUGUUUGAACGAUAUUUGUGAUAAUA